AUGCCCAUGCCUCUCUUGAUGUGCCACCAGCUGCUGCUUAUUCUCCUUCUCUCGGCUACCACCUCCCAUGGCGAUUCAUCUGAUGACACCUACUAUGACACCUCCAUGUGCCUCAAUCAACCUUCCACCUGCGGGAACGUGAGUAUCAGCUACCCGUUCUAUCUCUCGAGAGAGACAAAAGAUCUCAAGGGCAACGCCGAUUCGUACUGCGGAUAUCCUGGCCUGGGAAUCCUCUGCGACGACGACAAGCCCGUCCUGCAGCUUAACGGCACUGCCAACUACACGGUGAAGAGCAUCGAGCGCGCGCUUGCAUGGGUCUCUCUAGCCGACGACGGCAGCCCCUGCCCGAGGCCAAGGGUCGACCGCAACGUGACUUUGCAACAGGGAUCAUGGCUCUACUUUUCUGACCGCACGGUGGAAUACAUCGUCUUCUUCAUCAACUGCAACUUCAACUCUAGUACCUUCUACCAACCGAUUAACAUCAACCCGAUCAGCUGCCGAAGCUUUGACGCUGGUCCUGGAUCCUCGUUCGUACUUCCCGAUGAUGGAGUACCCUCCGGCGACUGGCCGCAAGCGUGCAACCAAGUAAUACAAUUGCCUGUGCACAAAGAGCCGAUCAACUAUGCUGAUCCUGGAUGGACAAACACUGGAUAUGCCAAACUUCUUCGUCAGCAAUUCCAGUUGGGAUGGAACGACAGCGGAAAGCCACAGGCAUGUAUCAAGUGCGAGGGAUCCAAGGGAGGCUGCGGUCACAACCCCACUGGGGAUUUCAUCGGCUGCUUGUGCCAGGACGGCCGAAUACACUCGGCUUAUUGUGAUAGCACCGAAGAUGCGUCUCGCUCGAAGCACAAAUUAUUAGUAGCCGUGCUCACGUCUGUUGGUUGCAUCAUGUUCCUACUGUCUCUCUGCAUGGCGGUUUGCAUCCUGUUCUGCCGCCGCCGAAGGCAGAAUACCAUGAAGAAAACCAAACGAACGCUGAAAGCGGUGACAACACUCUUUCGUGGUGAACUUGUCGACCAGGAGCUUGACCUAGGGGUCGCCGGGCCCCGGCGAUUUUCAUACAACGAGCUUGCUGCUGUGACCGAUAAUUUCUCUGACGACAGAGCGCUCGGGAGAGGAGGCUUUGGGUCUGUGUACCGUGGGUUUAUGAGCGACAUGAACCGUGAAGUAGCUAUCAAGAGGGUGUCUGAGACCUCUCGACAGGGCUGGAAGGAGUUUGUGUCCGAGGUACGAAUCAUUAGUCGUCUGAGGCACCGGAACCUUGUGCAGCUCAUCGGCUGGUGCCACGGCGGUGACCAGCUCCUCCUGGUCUACGACCUGAUGCACAAUGGCAGCCUCGACACUCAUUUGUACGGGUCCGACUUCAUGCUCACAUGGGCCAUUAGGUAUGAGAUAGUGCUUGGAGUAGGUUCGGCACUUCUAUACUUGCAUCAAGACAUGGAGCAGCGGGUGGUGCACAGGGACAUCAAGCCGAGCAACAUCAUGCUAGAUUCAUCCUUCACUGCCAAGCUAGGCGAUUUUGGGCUUGCAAGGCUCAUCAGCGAUGGUAGGAGAUCGCACACGACCGGAAUAGCCGGCACGAUGGGGUACAUAGACCCGGAGAGCGUGCUGGCGGGCAGGGCGAGUGUUGAGUCGGACGUGUAUAGCUUCGGGGUUGUCCUCCUCGAGGUCGCCUCAGGGAAGCGGCCAGCUCAAGUCCAGGAAGACGGCGAUGUCAUCCACCUGGUUCAAUGGGUGUGGGACUUGUAUGGUACAGGAUCAAUACUUGAUGCCGCUGACGAACGACUUAGGGGGGAGUUCACCGGUGGGGAGAUGGAGCGUGUAAUGGUCGUGGGGCUCUGGUGUGGGCACCCUGACCGUGGCAUGCGGCCAUCCAUCAGGCAAGCGAUGAACGUGCUUCGGUUUGAAGCGCCAUUGCCCAGCCUCCCAGCUAGGAUGCCGGUGGCGACCUAUGGGCCACCGACUAAUACUCUGAGUUCUGGAACGUUGGUCCUGAGCAGUGUUAGUGGCCGAUGA